AAACGUCAUCUUCCCGCGCCACGUCUGUUGUGUCACUCAAGCGACCGGAUAUGUAACUACAUGUGAACAUUUCUGUUGUUCUGACCCCGAGUGUGUGUUUAAGGUGAAACAACACAGCGGGAAACAUGUCUGUGGCUUUGUCGCGCUGUCUCUGCAGGGUGUUGUCCCGACAGACCGCUCCGUCCAGCUUCCUGUUGGGAGAACAUCACCAUGCUGUACAGAGUCCUUGGUUUGCACCAGUGAUGACGCUGAAGACAUCCGCUCCGCUGAGAGCGGAGCCCAAAAAGAAGAAGAAAGUGGACCCAAGAAGGGAACAGAUGAUAAAAGAGAGGCUGAGAAAGAAGCUGAAGAAGCUGGAGAAGGUUCCACCUGAGCUCAUCCCGAUAGAGGACCUUAUCACUCCAGCCAAAUGCUUGGAUGAAACAAGGGAACGCUCUGCACAAAGGCUGUCAUUUGAAGAAAGUGAGGGCCGAGCUCUGCUUCUGAAGGAGUGGAGCCGAUACAAACAGGAGCAGCACAUGGCUGAAGUGCAGGCUGUUGAACUUUCUCUAAAAGCACAGAGGGAGGCGCUGGAGGAGCUGAAGUUAGAGUCAGAGGAUCUGUACCAGGCAGCGCUGAAGCCAGACCCCCUUCUGUUUCCCUUCUCUCAUGAAGGUCCUACCUACACACCGCCAAAGACCACGUAUGAAGCGCCUGAUGGGAAGUACAACAACAUCACUAAAGUCUACACACAGUGAUGGACAGUGAACAGCUGUGGGUGCAGCCUGUGUAUAGUGUCAUAAAUUGCAUGUCCUUGUUUGUACAUGAUUCAAUUAGCCAAGAUGCAGCCUUUGAACAGCCUGCGUGUGUAGGUGUGACGGACCCUUGGCACAUGUUUUAUCCUUUUUCAAUUGUUCAGUCACCUCACUUGUUUCGUUCAAAUGCAACAGCGUUCAUGGAAACUAUGCGUCGAACUGUUGGGUUUUCUUCCAUCUGUUUAAAACAUAGCAUAAAAAAACCCAGCAAAUAAAAUGUUCUUUUUAUUGAUGCAA